AGGAGUUGUCGCAAUAGUUUUGGAACACUUUGAUUGAUAAAUCAUUCGUGGUGGCUUAUGAGUGGCUGGACUUAGGUGAUGUGAAGUGAGUGACAUAAUGUUCAGUCGCCAGUUUGUCUGUACAUCCGAGACGGGUAAAUGAGGUAAGAGCACCUACCGUCUGCAGGUUUCUAACAGGCGGUAAUGUGAACGUAUACGAUACUAACUUGUUCUGUCAUCCACAUGUUUCUUCAGUGCAGCGAUCAAUUCACCGGUCUGUCGUAGCUGCAGAGGUUUUGCUGAUAGAUCGUCUCUUAGGUUAUACGGAUGGUGGAACUAGACAGAUGUAAAUGGCAGGAAGAGAAAUAUGCAGGACUAUGUCGGACCAACAAACAUGGGAUGAUUUUCAAUUGAAAAUAGCCAGAAGACAGGAGGAGUAUUUGAUUCCCUUGAAAGAAGAUUUGGCAGAGUGGAUAGACAAAACAUUAGAUAUAGAUACUAUCACGGUUGGAAACUUCAUGGAAGCCUUGGAUAACGGUGUCAUCAUCUGUAAACUUGCUAAAUUGAUACAACAGAAAGCAGAGAGAUGUCGACGGGAGGGUUUAACCUCAGAGGUUGUUCCAGAUAUGUCCUUUAAAUGUUGGGAAAACGCAAGAUCUGAGUCUUUUUUUGCAAGAGAAAAUACAGAAAACUUUCUGAAAUGGUGCCGAAAAUUUGGUGUUCGGGAAGCUGUUAUGUUUGAGUCUGAAGGACUAGUUCUGCACACUCAGCCUCGUUCUGUGGUGUUGUGUCUUUUGGAACUUGGAAGAAUUGCCACAAAGUAUGGUAUCGAACCACCAGGACUCGUUAAGCUGGAGAAGGAGAUAGAUGAACACGAAUCAACAGUACCCUCGGACCCAGAGUCUGUUUCCCCAACUCCAUCUUUAAUCCCAGUCCAUUCAACAAGAAUGGAUUACAUUCAAUCAACAGUACCCUCGGACCCAGAGUCUGUUUCCCCAACUCCAUCUUUAAUCCCAGUCCAUUCAACAAGAAUGGAUUACAUUCAAUCAACAGUACCUUCGGACCCAGAGUCUGUUUCCCCAACUCCAUCUCUAAUCCCAGUCCAUUCAACAAGAACUCCCAUUCAAUCAACAGAAUAUUCCUCCUCCACUCCAUCCCCGACUCCCAUAUGCACUCGAACAGAUUCAAAAAAUUCCAUGGCAGUUGUUGUUAGGCAAAAUCCAUCUACAGCACCUUCGUCACCCAGUCCUGGCCGAUUCAGCGAAAUACGAACGACAUCUCGACCGAAGUCUUCAGAUCUGGACAAAAAAGUGAUGCAAAUUGCUGAAGAUGUUUUGGAAGAUAACACACUAGUAAAACGAAUUUCAGAAGGCCGAUACAACGUUGCUGGGAAAAGUGUUUUUGUGAGACUCUUGAAAGGCCGUCACGUAAUGGUCCGAGUGGGUGGAGGUUGGGAUACACUGGAACACUUCCUGUCUCGGCAUCACGUGACUGAUCCUUGCCAAGUCAAACUUAUCGACAGUAAGCAAUCGUGGUCAGACUUUUAUUCUCAGACCUCGAUGCCCGUGUCUAAUGGAGCAGAAUCCGAAUCUUUUCUCAAUGUUAGAGCCAGUUACAAAGGUUCUAGGAGUUCUCUUCCAGACAUUUCUAUUCGUUCCAAUUACAGAAAGUUGUCACUGGAUACUUAAAUAGUAAUCAGCUAAACAGUUCAACUGGUAGAAUCCAUAGAAAAACAAGAUGUUCAAAUUAUAAAUCUGCCUAAUUAAUUGUUGACUAAAAACUUAGGAUUGAAAUAGAUAUGAUUAGAUAGUAUAGUUUCAUCUAUAUCUAUACAGAAAUCUAUGAAUAGAAAUUUUAGAAGAGUAAGCAAGGGAUAUUAGUGAAAUAUCCAAAUAAACGAAGCAUAUUAAUUUGCAUGUGAACCUUCUUUCGCAAAAGUUUGUCUGCUUAAAGAAUCCUUACAUGUUCGUUCACGAGCUUUAUAAAUCUGAGACAUUCUCAGUAUGAGAGUAAGAACUUAAUGUAAUCUUAGAAUAGUAGUUUUAGUAAUUUUGCUAAGAACCAAUAUAUAUAUAUGAAUAAAUUAAUAUAUCUUUAUUCUUAUAAUCUUAAGUUAUAUUGUAAUGUUGAAAAGUACUUUUUUUCAAAACAGUUCAUAUAUUAUGGCCCUGGAAACAAAACUAAGAAGCACUGCAGCCCCCCCCCUCCCACCAACGAACGAAAAUAAAGUAUGCUAAUCGAUAAAAAAUAUUUGGAACUAGAAAUUGAAGACUUAUAAAUGCUAGCACUUAUGCGAAUGAAUACAGGCUUGCAGUUUUUCAUAUGAGCUUGUCCUAAAAAUAAUCCACAUUCAGUUUCAUUGCUUAUUUCAAUAAGAAGUAAUAUAUAUAUAUAAACAGACCAAUGAAUAAUGAGAAUGGUUUUAAAUUACGUUACAUUUAUUGAUGUUCAUAAUAGCUUAAAUGUUUUUCGAAUUAUAAUACAUCUAAAAAAAUCAAACAUGGCCUUAUUUCUAUCUACAAAUCUGAGCCGCAUAGAAACAAAAGAAAGCUUGUACAGUUUUAACAUACAUUGUCGAGAAUGUUGUGCAUUCUAUAAAUCUAUUUGUUUGGCUUUCUUGUUUCGUUUUCAUGAAAACCUUAUUUGAAACAUAAAAUAGACAUCUUGACCUUCAAAGGCAUUAUUCAUAACACAGAUUGAGAUAAGUACAAAAGUUGUUGUUGUUUGUUUUUAAGCACAAAGCUACACAAAGGGCUAUCUGUGCUUUGCACACCACGGA